UGCGUUUCGAUCAUCGUGUCUAGACGAUAGAAGAGGGGGGAGGAGGGAGGAGAGAGGCCGAGUUCGAAUAUCGUGGUGGUUUUUGUGGUGGAUUAAAGUGGUUAAUUCGAGGUUAAUUCAGAGAGAAGAAGAAGAAGGAGAAGAAGAAGAAGAAAAAGAAGAAGAAGAAGAAGAAGAAGAAGAAGAAGAAGCCGCAUGCCUCGCUGACAAGUUCUCAGGAUGGUCUGGUAGAGGAGAAGGAGAGGCGGAGGAGAAGAGAGAGGANAGAGAGAGAGAGAGAGAGAGAGAGGUCUGAUGGUUCGAUCGCGAGAAAUGGCGUGCGGAAUAUCGUUCGAAGCGACUGCCACGAGCACGGUACUUUUCCUGCUGGUACUGCUGAAGGCGGCACUGGUGUGGGACGAAGUACACGGCGCUCCAGCGAAGAGGAACGACAUACUCGCGGGCACGGAAUUCCUGUCCGUUUUCAUAAACGGCGCCAUGGCGACACCACCGCAGCGGCGCAGAGGUUUCAGACGCGGAGGACAGCCGGCCUCGUCAGGAGACAGCGCGACAGCGGAAUCUCAUCAGCACGAGGCGUCGAUUUACCGAAUAUCGCGCAAUCCCGGGAACAGACAGGUGGUCCCAAGAGCGAGGAACACAGGCGGCCGGGAGGAGGUGGUUCGAUUCUAUCCCAUAAGUCACAAAACGGUGGAGAACAGGCAGCAGAAUCUGGCGUCGUUGAUCGACGAGUUGACCACUACCGGCGGCAUAUCCUCGACGAGGCUUGCUCCCCAGAGUUCGAUCAGCGCGACGACGACAGCCACGUCGACAGCAGCUACGCGAGAGAAAGCGAGGACGAACGCGACGACGACGAGCGUCAACUCGACCAACAAAGGGGUCGUAGGUCGGCAAAAGGUUAUAGGCGUCGGCGUGACGUCCACCGUCGAGGCCACGCCGUACAAGGUCAGGGUGGAACAUUAUGACAAUACGGACGCGACGGUCGUCUCGAGGCCUCCGAGCUCCAUCUCAAUCUCGUCCAAAGACGUUACGAAGGAGACGAGGAAUGGCACGACGAGGGCUUCCACGACCACGAGNAAGAGCGUUUCCUCCGGGGACACGAUCAUCCUGCCAACCGAGGACAACUACGAAUUGCCCGAGGAGAGCGAGGAGCCUAAAGAGCCGAGCGAGGAGCCCGUAGAGGUGCAAUCGGAACGGUACCAGGCGGUGCAAGGGCGGAAGGCAGGCAGACACUUCGACGCUUCCCACUACAAUCGACCGAGCAACAAGAUGUACGGCCAAUCGUCGAAGGGCUACAACAAAUCACCACGACCGUACAGCGAGCCGGCCAAGUCCUACAGCGAGCCGGCCAAAGUGUACAGCGAGCCUGAGNAAGUGUACGGGGAGCCGGCCAAGGUGUACAGCGAGCCGGCCAAGGUUUACAGCGAGCCGGCCAAAGUGUACGGUGAACCUGCCAAGGUGUACAGUGAGCCUGCCAAGGUCUACAGCGAGCCUGAAAAGGUGUACUCCGAACCGUCGAAAGUCUACUCGGAGCCUGCCAAGGUAUAUUCUGAACCUGCCAAGGUGUACUCUCAACCGGCCAAGGUGUACAGCGAACCUAGCAAGCUCUACGAUUCCGAGGGUCACCCGUUGAAUCGACAGGGGGAACCUGACGAGCAGAAUUACGAGGUGGACGAGUCGGUGAGCGUGAGCAGCAAUGGAAACGUGCACGGGCCCCAGAUGAUGCUCACCGAGUCCUCGAACGCCUCCGAGGUGGAGGAUGGCCACAAAGUGGGCUACGUGGUCGAGGGUAGGAAUUACAGAAAAUACAGAGUCGAGGAGAGGACUCCGGAUGGCUUCAUCGUUGGGGAAUACGGGGUCGUGAGCCACGACGAUGGCUCCUUGAGGGGUGUCAGGUACACUGCGGACGGUACCAUCAACCCUCGGUUGAUUUAUGAUGCGCUGAUGAAAUUUCUGGCCCUGUGAAAGGUGAAGAGGUGUGGAAACAGAUGUGGACAGAAGUGUAGAACGAGGGAGGUACGAAGUCGACGACGUGUCGCGUGGCUUUUGUCGAAGUCGACGACGAGACAGAGCGAUGGCCACUUUUUAAUCGUGAUUUUAAUCGAAUCGGGAGGUAAUCUAGCGAUUGUUCAAGUUCUAAGGUGAAAUUGAAUAUUUCAUGAAUAUGAAAUGUGUGUCUAUGUUCUAUUUGUGUAUUCAUCGUAUCGCCAUUGUCGACGAUAUUGCGUAAGACCGAGAAAUUCAAUGUCAUAGCAAGGAUAAAACGAACGAUUAAACGAGCUUCACGAACAAGCGAACGAAAACUUGGAUUCGUUAGGCGCGGAUGGUUAUCUUUGGUCGGUCGUCACAGGCUCCGUCGUUUCUGAGGUCUAAGGAAAAGGUCACAGCGAUUCUCCGCUGACUUGGCUGAUCGAGUCUUUCGUCAGAGAGGUUGAAAUUAUAAA